UUUUGUUUUAAAAUAAAUAUAAAAUAAAAUUUAAAUGAUUACUCAAAUAUUACAUUUGCUAAAAAUAUAUAAAACGAACUAAUUCAAAUUUUUAAAUAUUAAAAUAUAAACCGAAUCACGCCGCUAGCGGGAGAGAGCGUUUGGCCACGCUUCAAUGCGAUCCUACUAUCGUUUCCAAUUUGUGUGGCUUUCCUCACAAUGUGGCGAUCAUGCUGCUUCCCACCGCGUUGCCGGUAAACCCUUGAUGCCAGUUGGCGAGCCGCACCGUGCUGCGAGGAGUAGAACUGUAGAAGCGUCGCAAUAAAUAGCCUCCCUUGAUCUGAGCACCAGCCACCAGCCACCAGCCACCAGCCACCGGCCCUUUAACUCUAAGAGGAGAAGGGAGGGAGAUAGAGAGGGGAAACCAUGGGGAUGAUGAAGGAUAGUGGGAGACUGGGGAUAGUGAAGGCGGUUCUGGAGCAUCCGGAGGAUUUGAUGCCUCUUAUGAAGAUGAAGGUGGAGGCGAACAAGAUAAAACGGCAGAUUCCGGCGGAGUCUCACUGGGGAUUCGCGUACUCGAUGCUGCAAAAGGUCUCUCGUAGCUUCUUCCUUGUAAUCAAGCAGCUCAAACCCGAGCUCCGGAAUGCUGUUUGCAUCUUCUAUUUGGUUCUUAGAGCCCUUGAUACUAUUGAGGAUGAUAUGAGAAUUCCUAUUGACACUAAGGUGCCAAUUUUGUUAGGAUUUCAUGAGCAUUUAAAUGACCGUGAUUGGCAUUUCUCAUGUGGCAUGAAUGCUUACAAAGUCCUGAUGGAUAAGUUCCACUUUGUUUCAGAUGCCUUCACAGAGCUGCACAAAAGCUACCAAGAGGCAAUUAAAAAUAUUACCAUGAGAAUGGGUGCAGGAAUGGCGAAAUUUAUAUGCAAGGAGGUGGAUACAAUUGAUGACUAUGAUGAAUAUUGCCAUUAUGUAGCAGGUCUAGUUGGAUUGGGACUAUCUAAACUUUUUUAUGCUUCUAAAUUAGAAAAUGCAGUUCCCAAUUCAUUUGCAAAUUCAAUGGGCUUGUUUCUCCAGAAAACAAAUAUAAUAAGGGAUUACUUGGAAGAUAUAAAUGAGAUACCCAAGUCUCGCAUGUUUUGGCCUAGACAAAUUUGGAGUAAUUAUGUUGACAACCUAGAGGACUUGAAAUAUGAGGAGAACGCUGUAAAAGCAGUGCAAUGCUUGAAUGACAUGGUGACCAAUGCUUUGGUUCAUGUUGAAGAUUGCCUCAAGUAUAUGUCAGCAUUGAAGGACCGAUCUAUCUUUGGAUUUUGUGCCUUACCUCAGGUCAUGGCGAUUGGAACUUUAGCACUAUGCUAUAACAAUGUGGAAGUGUUUAGAGGUGUUGUGAAAAUCCGACAUGCGGUGUUGACUUAUUAUUUGGGAGCUCAAAUAUCAAUUAAUAUUUGGAAUGAAAAGCGCAAAAAAUUGUGCUUUCCCCGUAGUGGCUCUAUCAGCAAACGCAUACAGAGAUGUUAAAAAGUGUUUUCGUUGUUGCAUCUAGAAACUUAUAUAAAAACUCUAUGUUAAGCAUUUUGUAAGGUUAAAUAAAGAAACUGACAAGCUGAUGGGGACAUCAGAUUUCGACACGUGUACCAUCGCCGACGGCGCAGAUCGACGGCUACGAUCCAGAGCCUCUACUUUUGAGUUAUUUACAGCUUAUGUCAUGUAUUCUUUUCUUAGUUUUCCUAGUUUGCCCUUGAGGGCAUUGUUUGACUUAUGUAGCCCCGAGGGCGUUUAUGUCUUUUAUUUUCUUUUAGUUUGAGCCUCCUUAUAUGAGGCAUUAUGCAUUGUAAUCUUUUAGUUUUGAUGAAAUGAAAAUUAUCCUCUUUGUUCUCUUUGUGAGUGCAUUUCCUUUUGAUCUCUUAGUGAGUUCAAAGGGAGAACUAGAUCUCUCCGUGAGUUCUAGAUUUAAUCCAUGCUUGUAGUGUGAAGGUGAAGUAGAGCAGAAAUUCGAGGCGAGGAAAUCGUUGGAAGAAAUUCUCAAAUUUCUUCAAAAUUUCCCUUCCCCUCCAUCCUAGUGCCGCCUCCCUUGGGCCCAGCCAAGCCGCCGGCCUCACUGGCCAUCCCGACCCAGCAAAACCCCCUCCCGCCGGCCCCAGCCAGGUCUCCCUCCCGCCGGCCCAAAACCCCACCCAGCAGCCGCCGGCCACUCCAGUCCACCGGCCCCUCCCUCCUUGCCGCCGCCCCCUAUUUCCCUCCUUUUUCAGUUUUCAAAAUUCUGAAAUAUUUGGGUUUCAUUAGCAUUUAAUGUUACCUAAAUCACCUCCUUAAUUUAAGCAAUCAAAUAAAUUGGAAUUGGAUUUGAAAUUCAAAUUCAAAUUCAAUCCAAUUAAAUGCUUAAGUUAGGAAACCUUUCUUUUUAUCCGAAACUGAAUUGUUAAUUUCAGAUUUUAAUAAAAUCUGAGAUUAAUUGUGUGGACCCCACUUGCUUAAUCUCCUCUUCCCCCUUUUUCUCUCUCUUGGCCGGCCCCUCCUUGGUCUCUUCUCUCUCUCCUAAUCACCCCAUUAACUCCACAAUUUCAGCCUCUAAACCCUCUCUUUUAGCCGCCCCUUCCUCCUCAUUGAUUUAAUUUGAUUCAAAUUAAAUCUCUCCAAUUAGCCCCCAAAAACAACUUCCUGCAGAAAAUUCCUGCAGUUUUCUUUCUCUUCCCACCUUGGCCGAACCUUCCCAACCCACCUCUUCUUGGCCGUUUCUCCUCCAACGCCCGAGCCGCCUCUCUCAUCCACUUGAGAACGUCUCGCGGCGGCCGCUCACUCUUGCCGACAAGAAUGUAUGGAGGAACCCGAAUGGAAUUUCGGGUUUGAGUACGACCACCGCGGAAGGGUCAAUAUUCUCCGAUCGCCUUUCUUCGACGUCGGUUUCGACUUUGACGAUACCGUUGAGGAAUACUUGGAGAGGAUUCUACCACCACUAGUGGAGGCCAUCGAUGACCACUUCUCCGUCUGCACGUGGAUCAUUGAAGGACGACCACCCACUCCUCCGAUUUCGGCUCCCUCCCCGACGACGAGUCCCCUCAAGAUCACUUGUCUACUCGUAGCGUCGCUAAGCCUACUUACGGUCCUUUUCCGCUAAACCUCCACUUCAAAUUGAGUGACGGAUCCUAAGGUGAAGGAUCUAAAUCUUAAAUUUGGGGCUUUGUUAUUCUUAGCUAUUCGCAUUACUUGAAGUUUUGAUGUUAUUUUGAGAAGCCUACUAAUCUCUAAAUGCGAUUUCUUGUUGUUACUUAAUCAUUCGCUUUAUAAUUCAUGAACUUCACUUGAUUAAGCAUAAAGUUUUGGUAGCAAGUUAUGAUUCAAUAUUUCUAUUAAUUUUAAGUGCAAUUCUCAUUUCAUCGCAUGAUUGAUUCACAUCACAAGCUAAUGGAGGGAGAAAAUUAUAGAAUAAAAAAUUAUGUUAAGCAUUUUAUAGGUUAAAUAAAGAUGUAGAUAAGAUGCGAGUGGAAUGGAGGGAUCAUCAUUGCAAAAGAUGUACCGAUAUGCAUUAGAUUUUCAGAUAAUCUAUGUUAUCUUUUUAGCUAUUACAAUGCUUGGUUUGCUUUCUACAUUAGAUUGUAUGUAAGCUAUAUUAUUUUUUUAACAGUUGCAGUACCAUGUAUUUCAGAUUGACGCUAGUUGACACCUGAUAAUCAAAACUUUUGAACAUCAGAUUUUAGAAGCUCUUAAUUUAUGUUCAUAUUGACUGGUUACAAACUAAGAGUGAUUUCUGAAUAAGAGAAUAUUCAACUCCAAUAUGUUGAGGUUGUCUACCACAGAUAUUACGUAGUUGUCAAACCCAGUAGUUGUUGGUGAAGAGGUGCUUCCAGUUAGCUUAAAAAUCCUUUUUUUUUGGUGGGGGUGUUGUUCUUACUUCUUAUGAUUGUUCAUUAUGGUUCGACUUAAAGCUGAUGGAUAUUGAUUGCAAGGUGUAAAUGAGCUCAAAUUCACAUUAUUUACUUUUGUCCAAAUUAUACUUUUAUUAUUGAUAUAUGAAAAUGUAUUUACACUGGGGGAAGCAUUAUUUUUAGGAGAGGAUAUCAUAUGCUUAUCAAUUGAGUGAAUGAUUUUGCUUGAAGAUGAAUUAUUAUUAUCUACGACUGCCGAAAGGGCACUCAUUUAAUAUUAGUUUUCUUUUCUCAGUUCGUUUAUUAUUAUUCUUCUUUUCGCCCCCAAAAUCUAUAUUAUCAGGCUAAUAAUGUUGUCAUUUAUUGUUUUCAUAAGAUUUCUCUGCUCUAGUUGAGGUCAAAUUCAAGUACUGAUU